GCCGUUGCUCCGGGCGACGGAGGGCCACUUCGCCCGGGGUCCCUUCCCCGCCCCCGUCAGCGGAGCCCCGCCAUGGCCCAGAAAGGCCACCCCGUCCCCCCGCAGUUGAACUUCGUGGCCCAGGACCAGAUCUGGAGAUGCCACAUUAAAACUGAAUUGGAAGCAGCAAAAAAAUGGCCCCACAAAUGGGGAUUUUUAACACCACCAUUUGAGAAGUUGGUGAAGCAUGAAAGCGAAGAACCACUGCCGAAACCUGAAAUAAUGCCACAAGAACACUUGCAAGUCCAACCUGUGAUCCCAGUGGAAAAAUACAUUAAGAUCUCUCCAUCUCCUCCUAUCCCUAAGACAACUCAAGGAUUUAUUGGCUGGAGGUCCACUGUCCCAGGUCUGGAACUCGAUCAUUACUAUCAGAUCAGAAGCUGCAAAGGAGCUUUUUCAAAGCAACUCAAUUGGCCAGCUGAAGGCACAAACUGAACUGGAAGAGAAAAAGUACCAAAAUCUCUCUAGGCUAAAAACCAAUUUGUAUUAAUGCCCAGUUCUUGUAUUAUAAGACUGUGUUAAAAUGGGUUUGUAUAAGUCUCACUGCAGCAUAGUCAUGAAAAAUUCAAACAGCAUAUGAAAUGUUGUCAAUUUAGAAUUCAGAAGAGACAACACCUCAACUGAAAGAAAUAGGCUUGUGUGAAGUAGAAUAAAUGAGAGUGUACACAUUUCUGCUAUGUAUGGCUGAAUUCCUAUAAAUUGUAAAAGCUU